AUGCUUGAUCAUGCCACCGGAGUUGUUAUUGGAGAGACUGCGGUGAUUGGAAACAAUGUUUCCAUUCUGCAUAAUGUCACAUUGGGUGGCACCGGAAAGAGUGGGGGCGACCGGCAUCCGAAGAUCGGAGAUGGGGUUUUGAUCGGUGCCGGGAGUUGCAUUUUGGGGAAUCUUAGGAUCGGAGAAGGGGCGAAAAUCGGAGCGGGAUCGGUGGUGUUGAAGGAUGUUCCUGCUAGAACUACUGCUGUUGGAAACCCUGCUAAGUUAAUUGGAGGGAAAGAGAAUCCAGUUAAAGUUGAUAAGAUUCCUAGUUUAACGAUGGAUCAUGUUCAAUAUGUAAAUGGGUGGUCUAAUUAUGUCAUUUAG